AGGCAGCUGCACUCGAGUUUGCCACCGAUGCUGGACUUCUUCCCAGAGAGGAUGAGGCACCACCUUGCCCCAAGUGCCAGGCACCGAUGAGAAGCAACAAGAGAAAGGAAUCAAAGCUGGGAUGGCGUUGGGUCUGCAGCCUGAGAAAUCGCAACAACUGCUCUGAUCACAGUUUCAGCUACAUAAAUCAGCAGCUAAAGCUAUGGAGGGAAAAGCAAAAAUUACCAGUAAUUGCAAAUGAGACUAUUGUUGACUUUUUAUCAUAUUGUCGUGAGGGCAUCUACUGUCGAGAAGACAAAGAAGGAUUAUUUUUCAAGGUUAAAGGAAAAAGCAAAAGGCAUUUGUGGCCUUACAUUAAACGUCAUGUUCACCCAGAAACCACCUUCAUAUACACUGACUCUGCUCCACAAUAUAAAAGGAUAGAAAAUUUAUUUCCGGCAGCAACACAUAAAACUACCAAUCACAAGAAAGGCGUAUUCGUAGAUCCCGAUGAUAAACAGAACACUAUAAAUGAUCUUGAGGGUGAAAACAAACUUUUUAAGAGGUCUAUAAAGAGCAAGAGAACAGAUGAUAUUUGCACGCAGUACAUGGCUGUACAUUAUUACAGGCGGUUCCGCUUGAAGCCCUUUACUUAUGAUGGAGAAAGACUUGCUCAGUUUCUACAGGACAUUAAAGCUGUGUAUCCAGGCCAUGGAAAAGUCGGCCUUGAACUUAAAAUGUUGGACGAACCAACAUCAGAAAGCGAAGGAAUUGAGGACCUGAUGCCUCCAAAGAAAUCAGCCCGACAAGAUGAUGAUAUACCAUUCAUUCAGGAAGAUGAUGAUAAAUGGGAAUUCAACCAAAAAACAGAGCCCAGAAAACAAAAGGAUGGAAAUGUUGCGAAAAUGUUGCAUAUCUUUUACAGAAAGAGCUGCAGAUCCAAAAUGUCAUGAAAUACUAUGACAGAGGUAAUCCAAAAAAAUAAAUAAAAGAAAGAAGAAAACUAAUUUUGACAGAUAAAUUGACAAACAUAGAGGUGAGUUGAUUAAUUUAAAGGUUUCCAGCCUACUUCUUACCAGAAAACAUUUUAUUGUUAAGGAUAAUUUAUCACCCCUUUCAGGUAAAGAAUAUUGCA